CGGUUUAGCAGCUAAGGUGGCAGCUCGUCCGAUUCCAAGAACCGACGAUGCUCUCGAAGAAUCUGUUCCAUGCGAAUGGCACCUCGUCUGGCCUUUCUAAAGGUGUCUUCGGUUGAAGACAUCCAGACCUCCAUGAGCAGAGACCCCGUGGGGAUGUGGUCCAGUUCAAUAUCAAACCCUCGAGGACCGCAGUUUACUUUGUUACAGGGUCGUGUAUGCAUGUGCAGAUGACGUGAAAUCGAAGCAUUUUGGGCAGCUCCGGCGCUCUGCGAUCGUCCUUUACUGGUUUUAUGCACCUCCGUUAAAGUUAGCAUCGCGAAACUGGGUGAGCAUCUGUUCUUGACGUUUUAAAUUGUCAAAAGAAGGACUUCGUCUUGUAUCAGAAGAUGGUGUUUAUGGUGGACAACUGGGAUGGACAGAACGAACUUGAGGUUUUACUCACAAAGGAAGCAGGCUGAGUUCACUAUUUCUCAACAAGCCUACUCUUUAUCAAAAUGAUCUAAUUCUUCAGUGGUGAGGUAGGAUUGUUGCCAAAGUUUUGAAAAAUUGAGUUUCCUCUAAAUUGAAAUAUUUUUCCUCUAAAAGUUCACAUACGUAUUGUUGAAUAGUGAUACUAUCACUUAAAAUGACAACAUG